AUGGCUGCUCAAGAAGGGGUCAUCCCCACAAAGGUCGAGGCCGACGAGAAGGCCAUUGGCCGCGCCCCUGCCUACGAUUCUAGCAGCGGAAAGGACGUUCGUGGUGCCAUCAGCGAGGAGUCCUGGGCAACCCGUGCCGGCCUGAACUUGACAUCGUUCAAGAAGCGCGAAUAUGGCCGCGGUGUCGUCGAGCUCGACCGUGCCAUGAGCAAGCGUCAUCUCCACAUGAUCGCCAUCGGUGGCUCCAUCGGUGCUGGUUUCUUCGUCGGUUCCGGUGGUGCUCUGAGCAAGGGUGGUCCCGGUUCCCUGUUCAUUGACUUUUUCCUCGUCGGUAUCAUGAUGUUCAACGUCGUGUAUGCCCUCGGUGAACUCGCUGUUAUGUACCCCGUCUCUGGUGGCUUCUACACCUACUCGACCCGCUUCAUCGAUCCUUCCUGGGGUUUCGCCAUGGGCUGGAACUACGUCUUCCAAUGGGCCAUCGUUCUUCCGCUCGAGUUGACAGUCAGUGGUCUCGUUGUUCAAUACUGGAACAAGGACAUCAGUGUCGCUGUGUGGAUCACCGUCUUUCUUGUCGCCAUCAUCAUCAUUAAUAUCUUCGGUUCGAUUGGUUACGCCGAGGAGGAGUUCUGGUCGUCUUGCAUCAAGCUCGGGGCUACCGUCAUCUUCAUGAUCAUCUGCCUCGUCCUCGUGCUCGGUGGCGGACCGGAGAGCGGUAGAUACCACGAGUACCAGGGUGCCAAGCUGUGGUAUGACCCCGGCGCUUUUCGCAACGGCUUCAAGGGUUUCUGCUCCGUCUUCGUCACGGCAGCUUUCUCCUUCUCCGGUACCGAGCUCGUCGGUCUGGCCGCGGCUGAGGCCAAGAACCCUGUCAAGUCGCUGCCCGGUGCCAUCAAGCAGGUGUUCUGGCGUAUCUCGCUGUUUUACAUCUUGGGUCUCUUCUUUGUCGGUCUGCUGAUCCCGUCCGACGACCCUUCUUUGCUCUCCGAGUCGUCGUACUCUGACGUCAAGGCCUCCCCCUUUGUGCUUGUUGGCAAGUACGCCGGCCUCGUGGGCUUCGACCACUUCAUGAACUGCGUCAUUCUCGUGUCCGUUCUGUCGAUUGGUGUGUCGGGUGUGUAUGGUGGAUCGCGUACCCUCACUGCCCUGGCUCAGCAGGGAUAUGCGCCCAAGAUUUUUACCUACAUUGACCGCUCCGGACGUCCCCUGCCGUCCGUCUUCGCCAUUCUCAUCUUUGGACCGCUGGCGUACGUCAACCUCAACGCAAGCGGACCGGUUGUGUUCGACUGGCUGCUGGCUCUCUCGGGUUUGGCGGCCGUCUUUACCUGGGGAUCCAUCUGCCUGGCACACAUCCGCUUCCGCAAGGCUUGGGCGUACCACGGUCACACCAUCGACGAGAUCCCCUUCAAGGCGAUCGGUGGCACCACCGGCUCCUGGAUUGGCCUCUUCUUGUGCUUUGUUGUCCUUGCUGCUCAGUUCUACACUGCGAUUGCCCCCCCUGGCACGGACGAGCUGAACGGUGCUGAAGGCUUCUUCAAGUCGUACCUCGCCCUCCCUGUUGUCAUGAUCUUCUGGCUCGGUGGCUUCCUCUGGAAGCGCACCGGCUGGCUCCGCACGGCACAGAUGGAUGUCGACACUGGCCGACGUGAGCUUGACUGGGACGAGGUCCACGCAUACCGCGCACGUCUUGCGGCGAUGCCCGCGUGGAAGCGUGCCAUUCACCACGUUUGGUAA